GAUGGCGGGAGCGCCGUGAGCCGCCGGGCCGUGCCCGUUCCGUGCACAGACGGGGGCGCUGCAGCCGCGGUGCAGCCGCGAUGCUGCUGCAGGAGCUGGUGGCGCGGGCGGCCGGGCUGCACGGGGGCAGAGCAGCGGUUUGCUUCGAUGAGUGCAGCGGGGAGCCUCCCGCCUUCCACACCUACGCCACGAUGCUUGAGCUUGCCGUGGAACUGACGGCCUUCCUUCAGGAGCACUGUGGCCGCCAAGGCAAAUGGGGAAUAGGCCUUUACUGCUAUCCGGGAAUAAACCUGCCGUCUUGGAUCUUAGGAAUUCUUCAAGUUCCAGCUGCCUAUUCACCUAUUGAUCCAGAUGCACCACCAACCAUAUCCACUUACUUCAUGAAGAAAAGCAAUCUUCAGUAUAUUCUCGUUGAGAAUGACAAAAUAAAUAAAUUCCAGAUGUCCCAUGCUGGCUGUUUUUACCAUAAUUCCUCCGCCAUAGAACAUAUUGGUUUAACUCUCUUCCAAAUGAGCUCAAGCAACACUGAUUUCAGUUCAGAAGUAGGCAAUAUGAAAAGUAAAUAUGAACCUUUCAAAGCUGUGGAUAACUCGCAGCCAGGAUGUACCAUUUGCCCAGAUCAAACUGAAAUAAAAACACCAGAAGCAGGAUAUAUGGACGCUGGCCAGAAAGACACUUUAGCAUAUGUCUUGCAUACAUCAGGAACUACAGGGAUCCCCAAAAUAGUCAGAGUGCCUCAUAAAUGUAUAGUGCCUAAUAUUCAGCAUCUUAAAUCAAUAUUUGAGAUCACACAGGAUGAUGUGCUGUUCCUGGCUUCUCCUCUCACAUUUGACCCAUCUGUGGUUGAAUUGUUCCUGGCUCUGACAAGUGGAGCCUCUAUUCUUGUUGUACCAAACACCAUUAAGAUGAUGCCCGUGGAGCUCUCAGCUGCUCUGUUUCAGCGCCACCAUGUGACAGUGUUGCAGGCAACACCAACACUUCUCAGGAGGUUUGGAGCUCACAUUAUUAAAUCAAGAGUGUUGUCUGCAAAUACUUCACUUCGUGUCUUAGCCCUUGGUGGUGAGGCAUUUCCUGUGCUGAGUCUCUUGAAAAGUUGGAAGCAUGAAGAGAACAAAACAAGUAUUUUUAAUCUCUAUGGUAUUACUGAAGUGUCAAGCUGGGCCACUUGUUACAAGAUUCCUGAGGAGGUUUUUAGUGCUGAUUUUAGAAUGGAUUUUCCUGUACCUCUGGGAUCACCACUCCUUGGAACAAAACUGGAGGUCAGAGAUGCCAGUGGAUCUGCAAUUCUUGAAGGCGAGGGACAAAUAUUUAUAGGUGGUGAAGAACGUGUCUGCUUUCUUGAUGAUGAAGUAACUGUGCCACUGGGUACGAUGAGAGAAACAGGGGAUUUUGUAAGAGUGAAGAAUGCAGAAUUGUUCUUCUUGGGUCGGAAAGACAAUCAGAUUAAACGUCACAGCAAACGUUUUAAUACUGAAUAUCUGCAGCAGGUUGCUGAAGAUCUUUGCCAGGUGGAAGCUUGUGCAGUUACCUGGUAUCAACAGGAAAAACUUAUCCUGUUUGUUUUACCCAAAGAUGAUUUUGAAGAGAGAGAAACACUUAAAGAACUCCAGAAGCGUCUGCCAGCUUAUGCAGUCCCUGAUGAGAUUGUAGUGAUUGAAGCUUUGCCUUUAACAUCACAUGGCAAAGUUGAUAUAUCUGAACUGAACAAGAUUUACCAGAACCAUCUAAACUCCAGAAGGCGUGACAGUAAGCUGAGUGACGCAGAGGAAUUGUGGGAAAGAUUGCAGUAUUUAUGGAAGUCUGUCCUUGGUCUUCCAUGUGAUUCCACUGGAAUUCCUAAAGAUGCAGUAUUUCUGUACAGUGGUGGAGACUCCCUAAAGGCACUACGAUUUUAUGAAGAAAUUGAGAUGUUAGUAGGCAAAGCUGUGCCUGGACUCCUUGAAGUUAUUCUCAGCCACUCAAUUGAAGAGGUUUACAAACACAUUCUUAAAAUGCUGUUUCCAGAUGAAGAACAAUUAAUGAAUCCUGACAAUGUUGUGAAAAGAAAAUUAAGAGGGAGCAGUGGAGAGGAAUUCCAUGGAAAAUAUAUUAAACUAACAUCUGAAAGAGGUCUUGAGAUUGCUUCGGGAUUAAUUCCAUUUAUGGCACUGAACAGAGGAAAUCAUUUUUUCCCUAUGAAUUUCACCAAGUCUUCUAUGCAGCCCAAAAAUACAGAACAGGUAGGAGUGGAACCACUACAGCACCCAUCCUUUCUGCAUUCCAAGACUCCAGGUGUAAUGAAAAGCCAUGUGCAAGGGUCUGAACUGGAGAAUAGCAUUUCAACACUUGAAAACAAGACAAAUAAAAAGGACCAUUCCUCUGUUCAGCAAAUCCAUGCAGAAUGUAGUCAUUCAUCAGUGGCAGAGUUGGCAUUGUGCGUGAGGUGGAAGUCAAACACGAGAAAAUGUGUUGAUGCAUCACCACUUGUUAUAAUACCAGCUAAAGAAGAAGUAUCUGCAUCUGUAUAUGUUGGCUCUCACUCCCAUGCAAUGCAAGCAAUUGAUCUAGAUUUGGGAGAAAUAAAAUGGGAGAGGACCCUUGGAGAUCGUAUUGAAUCUUCUGCCUGUGUAUCCAAGUGUGGAAAUUUCAUUGUUGUUGGUUGUUAUGAUGGCUUAGUGUAUGUGCUUCAAAGCAGUGAUGGAGAAAUACACUGGACUUUUGCCACAGAAGAUGCUGUGAAAAGCUCUGCAGUCGUAGACCCCUCCAGUGGACUGGUCUAUAUUGGAUCACAUGACCAACAUCUGUAUGCCUUGAAUAUUUAUAAAAAGGUGUGUAUAUGGAAGUUACACUGCAAAGGUGGAGCUGUAUUUUCAUCUCCUUGUCUAAGUUCUAAUCCACAUCAUCUCUAUGUUGCUACACUAGGAGGACUAUUAUUGGCUGUUAACCCAGUGACAGGGAGUAAAAUUUGGAAAAGCAACCUUGGAAAACCACUCUUCUCCUCUCCUCACUGCAACGAGAACUACGUCUGUGUUGGGUGUGUGGAUGGAAACUUAUAUUGUUACACUCAUUCUGGAGAAAAGGUUUGGCAGUUUUCCACUAAUGGGCCAGUGUUUUCAUCUCCAUGCCUCUCAAGUUUAACUACACAAGAGAUAUUUUUUGGCUCUCACGACUGCUUUAUCUACUGCUGUAACAUGGAGGGUAAUUUACUGUGGAAAUUUGAAGCCACUUCAAGUGUAUAUGGCACACCAUUCAUUUUCCAAAGCGAUGACUUAAAUAACAAAGUUCUCUUGGCAGCGGUAUCUACAGAUGGCAAAGUGUGGAUCCUGAAUGCCAAGAGUGGAACAGCAGAAGGAGUAGAGAAGCUUCCAGGAGAGGUCUUCUCUUCGCCUGUAGUAUGGGGAACAAAGCUUGUUGUUGGCUGUAGAAAUGAUUAUGUUUAUUGUCUAGAUCUGUACGUAGCAAGAAAAAAAUAGCAGCUAAGAUGUUAGGCUGCUUCACUUUUAUUGUUUACAUUUGUAAACUAGGAGCUCACAGGUGCUCUCUACCCCUCUGCCUGUUUUGCUGCAGGCAGGAGAUGCUCCUUGCAGGCUUAUCAGGUAGGAUUUUGCAUCAGGCAGUGUCCAGUGAUGGAGGGAGGAUGGCUACUCAGCACCUUGCCAGAGAGGGGACAAAGUGUGUAAUGUGCCAUAUUCCACAGCUUGGAUAGCAGGCACAUUAGUGUUUGUCUGUCAAGAUUUCUGUGCCAGGCAAGCUAACCCAAGUCUUUGUGAAUCUAACUUUUAACUUGAUUUCUGGAGACAUAGCCUGAAUUUCAUAUAUCUGGAAGGAGUGACCUGUUUAUUAAGGUUUGUAGAAACAGAAUAAUUAAUAUUUUGUGGACCUAGGCCCGUCAUGGCUUAAUUAAUCUACCAUGUACUUAGACUCCAUUGAAGUCAUUAGGAGUUGCCUCUUGUAUUCUUAAGUGGAAAUAACACUAUAAGUAUUUAUUAAAUUUCAAUGACAGGAAUGAUAUGUUCCAAGAUGAAGUGUGCACUGCUGAAAUCAACCACUGUCAAAUAAUUUUUUAAGAUAUUUGAAUGAAUGUUGUUUAUACUGUCUUCACAAAAGCUAUUAAAAAAAGAUUAUGUAAAUUG